AUGAGGGGCGCCAGGUUGGAAGUGCGAGUAUUGGGACUGGACCUCUACCGGAGGACCAGGCCCAGUCAGACCUGGACUCUAGACCUGAGGACCAGUUCCAGUCUGGUUCUAGACCUGAGGACCAGUCCCAGUCUGACCUGGACUCUAGACCUGAGGACCAGUCCCAGUCUGGCUCUAGACCUGAGGACCAGUCCCAGUCUGACCUGGACUCUAGACUUGAGGACCAGUCCCAGUCUGGCUCUAGACUUGAGGACCAGUCCCAGUCUGACCUGGACUCUAGACCUGAGGACCAGUCCCAGUCUGGCUCUAGACCUGAGGACCAGUCCCAGUCUGACCUGGACUCUAGACCUGAGGACCAGUCCCAAUCUGGCUCUAGACUUGAGGACCAGUCACAGUCUGACCCUGGACUCUAGACCUGAGGACCAGUCCCAGUCUGACCUGGACUCUAGACCUGAGGACCAGUCCCAUUCUGGCUCUAGACCUGAGGACCAGUCCCACUCUUGUCUCUGUGCUCCUGUCCCUGUGCUUCUGUCUCUGUGCUCCUGUCCCUGUGCUCCUGUCCCUGUGCUCCUGUCUCUGUGCUCCUGUCCCUGUGCUCCUGUCCCUGUGCUUCUGUCCCUGUGCUUCUGUCCCUGUGCUUCUGUCCCUGUGCUCCUGUCCCUGUGCUUCUGUCCCUGUGCUUCUGUCCCUGUGCUCCUGUCCCUGUGCUUCUGUCCCUGUGCUCCUGUCUCUGUGCUCCUGUCCCUGUGCUCCUGUCCCUGUGCUUCUGUCCCUGUGCUCCUGUCCCUGUGCUUCUGUCCCUGUGCUCCUGUCCCUGUGCUUCUGUCCCUGUGCUCCUGUCCCUGUGCUUCUGUCCCUGUGCUUCUGUCCCUGUGCUCUUAUCCCUGUGCUCCUAUCCCUGUGCUCCUGUCCCUGUGCUUCUGUCCCUGUGCUUCUGUCCCUGUGCUUCUGUCCCUGUGCUCCUGUCUCUGUGCUCCUGUCCCUGUGCUUCUGUCCCUGUGCUUCUGUCCCUGUGCUCCUGUCCCUGUGCUUCUGUCCCUGUGCUCCUGUCUCUGUGCUCCUGUCUCUGUGCACCUGUCCCUGUGCUCCUGUCCCUGUGCUUCUGUCCCUGUGCUCCUGUCCCUGUGCUUCUGUCCCUGUGCUCCUGUCCCUGUGCUUCUGUCCCUGUGCUCUUAUCCCUGUGCUCCUGUCCCUGUGCUCCUAUCCCUGUGCUCCUGUCCCUGUGCUUCUGUCCCUGUGCUCCUGUCCCUGUGCUCCUAUCCCUGUGCUCCUGUCCCUGUGCUCCUGUCCCUGUGCUCCUGUCCCUGUGCUCCUGUCCCUGUGCUUCUGUCUCUGUGCUCCUGUCCCUGUGCUUCUGUCUCUUUGCUCCUGUCCCUGUGCUCCUGUCCCUGUGCUCCUGUCCCUGUGCUUCUGUCCCUGUGCUCCUGUCCCUGUGCUUCUGUCUCUGUGCUCCUGUCCCUGUGCUCCUGUCCCUGUGCUCCUGUCCCUGUGCUUCUGUCUCUGUGCUCCUGUCCCUGUGCUCCUGUCUCUGUGCUCCUGUCCCUGUGCUCCUGUCCCUGUGCUCCUGUCCCUGUGCUUCUGUCCCUGUGCUUCUGUCCCUGUGCUUCUGUCUCUUUGCUCCUGUCCCUGUGCUCCUGUCCCUGUGCUCCUGUCCCUGUGCUUCUGUCCCUGUGCUCCUGUCCCUGUGCUUCUGUCCCUGUGCUCCUGUCCCUGUGCUCCUGUCCCUGUGCUCCUGUCCCUGUGCUUCUGUCCCUGUGCUCCUGUCCCUGUGCUCCUGUCUCUGUGCUCCUGUCCCUGUGCUCCUGUCCCUGUGCUCCUGUCCCUGUGCUCCUGUCCCUGUGCUCCUGUCCCUGUGCUCCUGUCCCUGUGCUCCUGUCCCUGUGCUCCUGUCUCUGUGCUCCUGUCCCUGUGCUCCUGUCUCUGUGCUCCUGUCCCUGUGCUCCUGUCCCUGUGCUCCUGUCCCUGUGCUCCUGUCCCUGUGCUUCUGUCCCUGUGCUUCUGUCCCUGUGCUCCUAUCCCUGUGCUCCUGUCCCUGUGCUCCUGUCCCUGUGCUUCUGUCCCUGUGCUUCAGUCAAAGUCCCUGUUGUGUGA